UCUCUCUCCCUUACCUGAUCUGUCUCAGUCUUAGAUAUGUGUUGCCUCUCUGCUUCGACCUGCUGCGAAUCUAGGAGCUUCUUGGAAUUUCUGUUUCUUGGGCUUCUUCUGCUAUGAUGAAUUUCGGACAAUGGAAGAUUCUAUGAAAUUCAGAAAUGAGUUUAGUUGCUGGGUUUCGAACUGGGUUUCUUAGUUUUUGGGUUCAUGUCUUGCUUUGGAAGAUGAUUUGUCAGUAGUUUUCGUUUGUUUUCCUCUAAUUUAGGGUUUAAGUUGCUUCGCUAUUGAAAUUCCCAGCAUAUUGGAUUAUCGGUGUCACUUUAUUUAAUGAUUUACAAAAAGCAGCAGUUUGACAUCAUAACAUCAAACUCUUAAUGAUUUGUCUCCACAGUUCAUGCUGUUCUUAUGUGUAUUUGGAAAAGCUCAGUUUUCAGUUGAGUUAUCCAUCGUAUGCACUGGAUAAAAAAUGGAGUCUUUUGGUAUAAAAAGGAUUGAUUGAUCGAGGUUGUGCGAGUACCGAGUGCUUAGACUUUCCGCUCUUGGGAAUCUAAUGCUCAAUUAUGAGAAUGGCUUCAAUCUGGGUAUUGGAAUAUAUAUGGAAGAGAGGUAUAAUUCUGCAGAGUUAUCCAUUGGGUUUGGUAUCUGAUAUUAUGUUAUUAGUCCCGAAUUCCAAAACUCGUGAUCCGUGACAUUUUCGGGUUAUCGACGAGUUAAGGCUCUAACACUACUAAAUUUCAUCUAUAACUCGUAUUUUUUUUUUAAUCAUACCCUUCAUCUCCCAGUUUUUACAGGACCGCAUUUCCUUUUUCUUUAGGCUGAUGUUUACAUAUAGUCAAGUCUGUGGCUUUUGAGGCGAAAGUGACCGACUUUUCCUGCAGGGGAGACACAAUGGCCUAUGGUGGUCCAUCGACGAAUUCAGCAGCUAUGAGCAGUGCUAGUUCUCAGUUAAAACAGGUGACAUUAGAUAAAGAAAGCGAGCUUAGAAUUGAAGUAUCCAACAAUGCCCCUCUCAGGCUACGUGUGCUCAAUGGUACGGCAGAGAUCUUUGGCUCUGAGCUUCCACCGGAAAUCUGGCUCACCUUCCCUCCUCGGCUGAAAUUCGCUGUUUUCACUUGGUAUGGAGCUACAAUAGAGAUGGAUGGUCCCACAGAAACAGACUAUACGGCAGAUGAGACACCCAUGGUCAGCUAUGUCAAUGUCCAUGCCAUUCUAGAUGCCCGAAGACGGCGUGCCAAAGAUUCAUCAUCCAAUGAUUCAGAAUCUUCCCAAGGACCACGGGUUAUAGUAGUGGGGCCUACAGACUCGGGGAAAAGCACAUUGGCAAAGAUGCUUCUUAGUUGGGCUGCUAAACGGGGCUCAAAGCCUACCUUUGUGGAUCUCGAUGUUGGCCAAGGCUCAAUAACAAUACCCGGUUGUAUUGCUGCUUCUCCUAUUGAGAUGCCAAUAGACCCGGUUGAAGGAAUUCCUCUGGAUAUGUCGCUCGUGUAUUACUAUGGCCACACAACACCGAGUAACAAUGUUGAACUGUACAAAGCUCUUGUCAAAGAGCUUGCCCAAGUGCUGGAGAAACAGAUUAGCAGAAAUGCUGAAUCCCAAGCUUCCGGAAUGGUGAUCAACACGAUGGGAUGGAUCGAGGGUGUUGGUUAUGAGCUGCUUCUCCAUGCCAUUGAGACCUUCAGUGUCUCUGUUGUUCUUGUAUUGGGUCAGGAAAAACUCUUCAGCAUGCUCAAGGAUGUUCUGAAAACAAAGGGUAAUGUGGAUGUCGUUAAGCUUCAAAGAUCCGGUGGAGUCGUCUCCAGGAAUGUGAAAGUUCGUCAAAAAUCAAGGAGUUAUAGGAUUCGGGAAUACUUCUACGGCCUUACCAACGAUCUCUCCCCGCAUGCCCAUACCUCCGAUUUCAACCAUAUACAAGUCUACCGUAUCGGUGGCGGCCCACAGGCUCCUAGAUCCGCCCUUCCAAUAGGCUCUGACCCGGUUUCCAACCCGUUGAGGAUAGCGCCAGUAAACAUCGACCGAGACCUGCUACAUACCGUUCUUGCCAUCUCUUAUGCUCAAGAACCCGACCAAAUAAUAUCGAGCAAUGUUGCUGGAUUUGUGUAUGUCACCGAAGUCGACGUGCAGAGGAAGAAAAUAACGUAUCUGGCGCCGUCGGCUGGAGAAUUGCCGGGCAGGUUAUUGAUCGUUGGGACAUUGACGUGGCUCGAGACAUAGACAUAGUUAAGAUGCAGUGAAGUCAUCAUGUUUUUCCCCCUUUCCUGUUCAUAUGUAUUAUUACGAGAUUUUGUAUCAGAAUCAAAAGACUUCGAUGAAUUAUCUAAUAUAACUCGUGGAAAAUCGUUCGUGAUAA